AUGACACCGAUUCUAGCCGCUGGUUUCACGCAGGUUGCGGAUACCUAUGAUGUGUCCACUCAACAGGUGGCCUACACCACUGGUCUGUAUAUGUUGGGCCUCGGAGUGGGGUCCGUCAUCAUGUCGCCGACCGCGAUUCUGUAUGGGAAAAGGCCGGUCUACCUUCUCGGCGCUACGCUUUUCGUUAUCUCAGGCGUCUGGUGUGCCCUGUCACCUAACUACCCAAGUCUUGUCAUUGCCCGCGUUUUCCAAGGCAUCGCAGUGAGCCCGGUGGAGUGUCUACCCUCUGCGACCAUUGCUGAGAUCUACUUCCUACACGAACGGGCCUACCGAGUUGGGAUUUAUACCCUUCUCCUCUUGGGAGGCAAGAAUUUAAUCCCUUUGGUGAGUGCUGCCAUUAUAGGCAACUUGGGUUGGCGUUGGGUGUUCUGGAUUGUUUCCAUUGUGGUGGGAGCUUGCCUUGUCCUGUUGUUUUUCUUUGUUCCGGAAACAUUUUGGGAUCGUACUCCGCGGCCCCGCACGCGCAAACGUCCGCAUUUGUAUAGGAGCGUGUCAGACCUGGUCUCUCAUGGCAUUCGCGGGCGCCCGACGCAUGUACAGCGACUCGAAGAUCAUGCCCCGGAAGCUGACACCGAAUCCGCGCUGCCCAAGAAGUCCAAGAAGGGCCAUGUCGGAUUCGUAGAGAACCCUGACGCGGAAGGUCACUCUCCUAACGAAAAGGAGGCGGAGGCAGACCAUGACCGUGUCUCAAUCGCACCGGAUGUUCCUGGCGAGGACCAUGUACACUUCGCACGCGACGCUGAUCCGGAAAAGGCCGACGGGUUUCUCCACCCCCCAGCUCCUGCCGCUUUUGGCUCCGAGCGUGCAUCCGAUCUGGGAGUUGGCCGCCAGGCCGCCAUGUCUCCAGCCCGCAGCGAUUCGCUUGAUCCCGGCGCACCGAUGAAUGGAUCGAUGCAUUAUACGAAUUGGCUUCGGGAGCGACCUCAGAUGCCAUACCUACACUAUCUCCGGGUCUGGAACGGUCGAAUAUCCCACGACAACUGGAUGCGAGUGGCCGUGCGCCCGUUUAUCCUAUUUGCCUACCCGGCCGUGCUGUGGUCGGCAGUUGUUUAUGCACUCUCGGUCGGAUGGUUAAUUGUCCUGUCCGAGUCCGUCGCAAAAGUCUAUGAAACGCGAGACACCUACAAUUUCACGGCCUUGCAAGUGGGACUCGUGUACAUCUCACCGUUUGUGGGAGGCUUACUGGGGACCGCCGUGGCCGGAAAGGUCUCCGAUGUGAUAGUCCGAUAUAUGACUCGUCGUAAUGGCGGCGUCUACGAACCGGAAUUUCGGCUGGUGAUGGCGAUCCCCAUCGCACUUUCGACGACGGCGGGUCUUAUGGGAUUCGGAUGGAGCGCUCAGGAGAAGAAUGCGUGGAUCGUGCCCACCGUCUUUUUCGGCUUAGUUUCGUUUGGAUGCUGCCUGGGUAGCACGACGUCCAUCACAUUCUGCGUCGACAGUUAUCGUCAAUAUGCUGGCGAAGCAUUGGUGACCCUGAACUGGAGCAAGAAUGUAUUCCACGGAUUGAUCUUCUCGUUAUUCAUUGUCGACUGGCUAAAUGCGCAAGGCACUCAGACGGUAUACCUGGCCCUGGGUGGAAUUCAGCUGGGAUUCCUUCUAUUUACGAUCCCCAUGUACAUUUAUGGCAAGCGGCUUCGGAUGUGGACCGUCCGGAAACGCCUGAUGGAGCAAUGGUAG